AUGCAAGUUAUGAUGAUUGUUUUCUCAAUCAUCCCCGUGCUAUUUGCCCAGCUAUAUGAACAGCAAGCAAAUCUGUUUGGGUCAGGAGGCUUGCAAGAAAGGCUCGGGUCACUGGCACCAUUUUUGGGUUCAGCGCCAGGAAACAGUGACAAAACUGCGCUGAACUUGUUGAAACUGUUAGGGAAUGGCUUAGCUCCGGCAACAAAUCCUGGCCACAGCCUUUUAACCCACGGUACCAAUUUUGGUCUAGCGGCGUUGCGUACACUUGGAAACUUGCUGCAAGCAAAUCAAGAAGCUGCUUAUAAAUAG